CACCCGUCUCAUCAUACCAGUUUGGGUUUCCUCUGCCGCGGCUAACUACUAGCUAGCAAGUUCGGACUUAGCAUUCAGAAUUCGUGUUUACUGUUGAACAGAUUGCAAAACUGUUCAUUUAUGACAACUAGUUGUACAUAUGGUAUGCGAUGGGGUCUAACCGUGAGUCCUUGCAGUGGAUUCGAUUUAUCGGCAGUGUUUCAUUUCCAUGAAACUCCACGUCCAGACAAAUGGGAAUCAACGUUGCUAUGGAGAAUCUGCGAGUGCAAGACUGGAGUAGGCCGUAGCAUCGUGUUGUAUUUAUGACUGAAUGAAGAAAACGGAAAAAGCAUUGCCCAGAAAACUCUAACAGAAAAGAUGAAUGAAGCUCUUUUGGUGCUGGUGUGCAGAAGGGCAUCACAUUAAUGUCCAGAACAUGAAGGCUGAGACAAGGAAAUAAACUGUGGAUCAUUAUUAUUUUAAGGCAAUCAGGAUAUACAUUUCCUUCAGUGCUGAAACUGUGAAGUGUUAAGGAAAAAAAGACAAUGCCCCCCAGGCCAUCAUCGGGAGAACUAUGGGGCAUCCACUUGAUGCCCCCCAAGAUCCUGGUGGACUGCCUGCUACCCAACGGCAUGAUCCUGACCCUGGAGUGCCUCCGUGAGGCCACGCUCAUCACCAUCAAGCACGAGCUCUUCAAGGAGGCGCGCAAGUACCCAUUGCACCAGCUGCUGCAGGAGGAGACCUCCUACAUCUUCGUCAGUGUUACCCAGGAGGCCGAGCGGGAGGAGUUCUACGACGAGACGCGGCGCCUCUGCGACCUCCGCCUCUUCCAGCCCUUCCUCAAGGUCAUCGAGCCUGUGGGCAACAGGGAGGAGAAAAUACUCAACCGCGAGAUCGGUUUUGCAAUUGGUAUGCCUGUGUGCGAGUUUGACCUGGUGAAGGACCCUGAGGUGCAGGACUUCCGAAGGAACAUCCUAAACGUGUGCAAAGACUCUGUGGAACUGCGAGAUGCCAAUGGCCCUCACAGUCGGGCCCUUUAUGUUUACCCUCCCAAUGUGGAGUCCUCUCCCGAACUUCCUAAGCACAUCUAUGCUAAGCUAGACAAAGGCCAAAUCAUCGUGGUCAUCUGGGUCAUAGUCUCCCCUAACAACGACAAGCAGAAGUACACGCUGAAGAUCAACCACGACUGUGUGCCGGAGCAAGUGAUUGCGGAGGCCAUCAGGAAGAAGACCCGCAGCAUGCUGCUCUCCCCCGAGCAGCUUAAGAUGUGUGUGCAGGAGUACCAGGGCAAGUACAUACUCAAAGUGUGCGGCUGCGACGAAUACCUGUUGGAAAAGUAUCCCCUGAGUCAGUAUAAGUACGUGAGGAGUUGCAUCAUGCUAACGCGCCUGCCCAACCUGAUGCUGAUGGCCAAGGACAGCCUGUACUCGCAGCUGCCGGUGGACAACUUCACCAUGCCCUCCUACGCCCGCCGCAUCUCCACCGCCACGCCCUACAUGAACGGAGAGGCCUCCACCAAGUCCCUCUGGACCAUCAACGGCAUGCUGAGGAUACGCGUGCUCUGCGCCACCUACGUCAACGUCAACAUCAGGGACAUCGACAAGAUUUAUGUGCGCACAGGGAUCUACCAUGGUGGUGAGCAGCUAUGUGACAACGUCAACACACAACGCGUCCCAUGCUCCAAUCCCAGGUGGAAUGAGUGGCUGCAGUAUGACAUGUACAUUCCCGACAUCCCGAGGGCGGCCCGGCUCUGCCUGUCUAUCUGCUCGGUGAAGGGGAGGAAAGGGGCAAAAGAGGAGCACUGUCCACUGGCCUGGGGGAACGUGAACCUCUUUGACUACACAGACACGCUGGUGUCAGGGAAAAUGGCGCUCAACCUCUGGCCCGUACCUCACGGCCUGGAGGACCUGCUCAACCCCAUCGGGGUCACAGGCUCCAAUCCCAACAAGGAAACACCAUGUCUGGAGCUGGAGUUUGACUACUUCAGCAGUCCUGUGAAGUUCCCAGACAUGACGACGGUGGAGGAUCACGCUAAUUGGAUCAUAUCUCGAGAGAUGGGCUACAACUACUGCCAAACUGGUCAGAGCUCGCGCCUGGCUCGAGACCAUGCCAUGACUGAAAGUGACAUCGAGCAGCUCAGGCAUCUGUGCAACAGAGACCCCCUCUCUGAGAUCACUGAGCAGGAGAAGGAUUUCCUGUGGCGGCACAGGCAAUAUUGUACAAAUAUGCCAGAAAUCUUGCCCAAGAUUAUGAUUGCAGUGAAGUGGAAUUCACGUGAUGAAGUAGCACAGAUGUAUUGCCUUCUGAAAGAAUGGCCAGCAAUAAAGCCUGAACAAGCCAUGGAGUUACUAGACUGUAACUACCCAGAUCCAAUGAUCCGGGAGUUUGCUGUGCGCUGCCUUGAGAAGUAUCUGACUGACGACAAGCUGUCUCAGUACCUCAUUCAGCUCGUUCAGGUCCUAAAGUAUGAACAGUACCUGGAUAAUCCCCUUGUUAGAUUUUUGCUGAAGAAAGCCCUAACCAACCAGAGGAUAGGACACUUCUUCUUCUGGCACUUGAAGUCAGAGAUGCACAAUAAGACUGUGAGCCAGCGCUUUGGCCUGCUGCUGGAGUCCUACUGCCGGGCGUGUGGCAUGUACCUGAAGCAUCUGAGCCGACAGGUGGAAGCCAUGGAGAAGCUCAUCAACCUCACAGACAUCCUCAAGCAGGAGAAGAAGGAUGAGACGCAGAAGGUGCAGAUGAAGUUCCUGGUGGAGCAGAUGAGGAGGCCGGACUACAUGGACGCCCUCCAGAACUUCACCUCCCCUCUCAACCCAGCACAUCAGCUGGGGAACCUACGGUUAGGGUUUGAUGAGUGUCGGAUCAUGUCGUCAGCCAAGAGGCCGCUGUGGCUGAACUGGGAGAAUCCAGACAUCAUGUCCGAGCUGCUUUUUCAGAACAAUGAGAUCAUCUUCAAGAAUGGAGACGAUUUACGGCAAGACAUGCUCACACUACAGAUUAUUAGAAUAAUGGAGAACAUCUGGCAAAACCAAGGCUUGGACCUCAGGAUGCUGCCGUACGGUUGCCUCUCCAUUGGUGACUGUGUGGGCCUGAUUGAGGUGGUGAGGAGCUCCCACACCAUCAUGCAGAUCCAGUGUAAAGGUGGCCUAAAGGGGGCGCUACAGUUCAACAGCUCCACCCUGCACCAGUGGCUCAAGGACAAGAACAAGGGAGAGAUGUAUGACAUGGCUAUUGACCUAUUCACGAGAUCAUGUGCUGGCUAUUGUGUAGCCACGUUCAUCCUAGGAAUUGGUGAUCGGCACAAUAGUAACAUUAUGGUAAAAGAUGAUGGACAGCUGUUUCACAUAGAUUUUGGCCAUUUCCUCGACCACAAGAAGAAGAAGUUUGGCUACAAAAGGGAACGUGUGCCGUUUGUGCUGACGCAGGACUUUCUGAUAGUCAUAAGCAAAGGAACGCAAGAGUGCACGAAAACCAGAGAAUUUGAGAGGUUCCAGGAGAUGUGCUACAAGGCCUACCUGGCCAUCCGGCAGCACGCCAACCUGUUCAUCAACCUGUUCUCCAUGAUGCUGGGCAGCGGCAUGCCCGAGCUGCAGAGCUUCGACGAUAUCGCCUACAUCCGCAAGACGCUGGCACUGGACAAGACGGAGCAGGAGGCGCUGGACUACUUCAUGAAGCAGAUGAACGACGCCCACCACGGCGGCUGGACCACCAAGAUGGACUGGAUCUUCCACACCAUCCGCCACCACGCCCAGAACUGAGACACGCCCAGGGGGACAGACGCGCAUACGCAUAUGCAUUACGCAUAUGCAUUACGCAUAUGCAUUACGCAUACACGCACAGCACAGUUACAGGGAGUCAGGACGCACUGAGCGCAGGAAAAAAAACCACAGGCGCAACUGUGAGUGGAUUUACAGGUGGCGUGCUAGGACGAACGGACCGACAGAAGGACAGCUGGAAGGACAGCUGGGACAGAUCAUGCUGCCCUCCUCCCUACCUUCUUCUGUGUAUGCAGGCACAGUGGCACACCCAGACCUCAUGAGCCCUCCCCCCACCCUCCCUCACCCCUCACCCCACAGCCUCCGUAAGGCAACACUACGAGCAACAUACAGAACACUACACAAUCCAGAGGGAUGUUUUCGUUUCUCUCCCCCCCUUGCUUCUAGCUUUCUCCUUUGCCCUUGUCUUUUUACCCUUUCCGUUCGACACCCCCACCUCAAAUGCAACAUUGUUAAAGGAAGAAGUCGCCACACUUGCUUGCUGAAACCAAGGUUCGUACUGUAGCGUCAUAGACCUACCUGCCAAUUCCUCUCUCCCUCCCUCCUGAGUGUUGGCUGCUUGUUUUUUGUUUUUUUGUAUUGCUUGCAUUUUUCUUUUCUGAAGAGACUGGUUGGAGUUUUCCCAUUCCUUUCACGCUUUUUUUGUAACAAAAGAAAAACAAAUGACAACGACAACAACAAAAAAAUGACAACAAUCACCUCUUUACGUUUCAGGAGCUUUGGGAGUGUUCAGUCUUCCUCAAAAUGUUAAUGCCUUUACAAAAAAAAAAAAAGAAAAUAUAUGCACGGAACUCAACACCCAAGCGGAACAGGGUACUGGUCCACCCCCAUACCCAUCCCCCAACUUGUGUUUUGUCUCCACCAACACAUAACCAAAUCCUUGUUUCAUCUUCGAGACACUUCGGUUUGUCUUUGUGAGCCCCAUUCACACAGCAAAGUACUUACACACGCCCACUCUCUCCUCACUGUACACACACACCUGGUUCAGCUGCAACGCCUUAUUGGCGUAGCAUGUGUCAACAGCAGUCCAACAGUCCAGCACCUGAGAGCUCACCUAAUAUGGCUGACAGAGGUGAAUUAUUUAUUGUUUUUUCUCUGCUCCCUUUUGCUGUUUUGUUUUGCCCCAAAUACCUAAUUACUUAAUACCUAAACACGGGCCCAUUUGUUUGUUAUUUUGUAGAGAUCUACGGAUAAUGAAUGUGCAACUGAAAAAAAGAUUGCAGUCAGUGUAGAUAUUGCAAAAGCCUUAAAUGUAAGUCCCAGUGCAAUGAGUGAGUGAUUUGGUUCUACCAUCUGUGUCGUGGAUGCGUUGGAUGGCAAGUGAGUGAGUGAGUGUGUGUGUGUGUGUGUGUGUGUGUUUGCGAGCGUUGCGUGGUUGUGUGAGCGGCACAGAUGUAUGCUUUAACUGACUGGGCCAAGAUCUGAAUGUAUGUUAAAGAACAGCCGGGCCCGGCAUCUUCACUUUAUAGUGAUGCUUCGUUAUGAAGUAGUUGGAAGCAGGGGUCAGUCCUUAAUGAGGGGCGGAAUGAGAGAGAGUGCCAGAUAGAGUGAGGGAAGAAACCAUGCUAUGCUUAAAGCAAAAAACAAAAAAGGUAACUGUGAAAUUGGGGGUUGAGUCGAUGUGUUCAUUAUGUGUUACACUAUUAGUAUGUUUGGACUAAAUAGCCGUGUAUAUAUUUUAUAUAUAAUAUUUAACUGCCUUUGAAUGGUCCCCAACCUUCUUUCCUCAUGGUGGAAAACAAACUGUACAGUGAAAUGUUGUAAAGGAAAAGAGAACAGAAUUCUAGCUACAGUGUGUGUGUGUCUGUUUGUGAGUUUGAGUGUAUGUGUGUGUGUGUGCGUGUGCUGAUUCACCUUAAUUGGUGUUUUCUGUCACCAAAAGAGAGAUUGUCAGAUCUUUCUAGAUUUGCAGAGUGCCGACAUUCUGAGCAGCCCACACAGUUUUAUUGUAUAACACUAGUCUGACAGCCCCUGCUCCUCAAAGACAGACGAGCAUGAUUCAUUAACUGACACAAAGCCGGAGUGAAGGGGCAUUUUUGUUUUAUUUUUCUGUAUUAUUAUUUCAUUUAGACUAUCGAGAUCACCUCAAGCAGUCACUGAUGCUAGAAGUAAUGCUCACCCUCUUCUCUUCCCAGCCCAUUGAAUUAUUUUGAAAUAAGGUGCAAUCAUGCUGAGUAGUACUCUUAGCAACAUUAUGCUGAACAAAUAGGAAUAGGGCAGCAACUAUGAACUAUUUAUGCCCCCCCCCCC